GCCCCUCCUCCCGCGGCCGGGAAGAGGAAAGUCGCGGCGGGGGCGCGGCCCGGCCUCCGUCCCCACCCGCCCGCCGUCCCGCCGGCCCGAGCCGUGGCGCCCAGAGCUGCGAGCCGCUCGCCCCUCCGCCGCUCCGGCCCGGGCCGCCAUGUCGCUGUGGAAGAAAACCGUCUACCGGAGUCUGUGCCUGGCCCUGGCCCUGCUCGUGGCCGUGACGGUGUUCCAACGCAGUCUCACCCCUGGUCAGUUUCUGCAGGAGCCUCCGCCACCCACCCUGGAGCCACAGAAGGCCCAGAAGCCAAAUGGACAGCUGGUGAACCCCAACAACUUCUGGAAGAACCCAAAAGAUGUGGCUGCGCCCAUGCCCAUGGCCUCUCAGGGGCCCCAGGCCUGGGACGUGACCACCACUAACUGCUCAGCCAAUAUCAACUUGACCCACCAGCCCUGGUUCCAGGUCUUGGAGCCGCAGUUCCGGCAGUUUCUCUUCUACCGCCACUGCCGCUACUUCCCCAUGCUGCUGAACCACCCGGAGAAGUGCAGGGGUGAUGUCUACCUGCUGGUGGUUGUCAAGUCGGUCAUUACGCAGCACGACCGCCGCGAGGCCAUCCGCCAGACCUGGGGCCGCGAGCGGCAGUCCGCGGGUGGGGGCCGAGGCGCUGUGCGCACCCUCUUCCUGCUGGGCACGGCCUCCAAGCAGGAGGAGCGCCUGCACUACCAGCAGCUGCUGGCCUACGAAGACCGCCUCUACGGCGACAUCCUGCAGUGGGACUUUCUCGACACCUUCUUCAACCUGACCCUCAAGGAGAUCCACUUCCUCAAGUGGCUGGACAUCUACUGCCCCCACGUCCCCUUCAUUUUCAAAGGCGACGAUGACGUCUUCGUCAACCCCACCAACCUGCUAGAAUUUCUGGCUGACCGGCAGCCACAGGAAAACCUGUUCGUGGGCGAUGUCCUGCAGCACGCUCGGCCCAUUCGCAGGAAAGACAACAAAUACUACAUCCCGGGGGCCCUGUACAGCAAGGCCAGCUAUCCGCCGUAUGCAGGCGGCGGUGGCUUCCUCAUGGCCGGCAGCCUGGCCCGGCGCCUGCACCAUGCCUGCGACACCCUGGAGCUCUACCCGAUCGAUGACGUCUUUCUGGGCAUGUGCCUGGAGGUGCUGGGCGUGCAGCCCACGGCCCACGAGGGCUUCAAGACUUUCGGCAUCUCCCGGAACCGCAACAGCCGCAUGAACAAGGAGCCGUGCUUUUUCCGCGCCAUGCUCGUGGUGCACAAGCUGCUGCCCCCUGAGCUGCUCGCCAUGUGGGGGCUGGUGCACAGCAAUCUCACCUGCUCCCGCAAGCUCCAGCUGCAUCAGAGAGCCUGUCUGGGGCCAAGGUUGCCAGAGAUUUCUGAAGACACAGCUUGUUCCUUGUUCUUGGCUGGUGGGUGCACAAGGACUUCUGGAAGGGAUUUAGACGGGGCUGAGUGCUAGGAUUAAAGUGGGAAUGGGAGUACGGCAACAGAAAAACCUGGGAGCUAGCAAUGCACCCAGCCCUUGACUGUGCCCUGGUGGACAGCCGAGCUGUGGCUCAAGCGUGAGCCAGUGCCUUCCUGUCCCUGCCAAGGGUGAGGCCAGAGUUGGCCCCGAGGCUAAUGUUUCAGUGGGUGGGAUUAGGUCGGCCGUACAGAGGCCGGUGGGCUCCCUGACGUCCCUUCCAGGCAGCCUGAAAGCACUGAAAUAGCUUAUGGCCCUGUGCCAGGGACCUUGGCCCAAGCUGCUGACCUCCAGGGUGGGGAGGGAGCUACCCCCAGGAGAAGAGUCACUCAGGCAACAGUAUGAGCAAGCCAGCCAGCAGCUCCGUGCCUGCACCCAGCUCAGGGGAAUCCCAGGGGGUUCAGAUGCCCAGGAAGGAAAAGGGGACAGCGCUGCUGCUAUGGAAUGAGACCACCACUUCUCCUGUUGUCCUUCCCAGCUUCUCCCCAACCUCCCCUUUUCCCUAGUUUAUAAGACAGGAGAAAAGGGAGAGAGCAAAAAGUUGGAAAGAAACAGAAGUAAGAUAAAUAGCUAGACGACCUUGGCGCCACCACCUGGCCCUGGUGGUUAAAAUGAUAAUAAUAAUAUUAACCCCUGACCAAAACGACUGGUGUUAUCUGUAAAUCCCAGACAUUGUGUGAGAAAGCACUGUAAAACUUUUUGUUCUAUUAGCUGAUGUGUGUAGCCCCUAGUCACGUUCCUCACGCUUACUUGAUCUAUUAUGACCCUUUUACGUGGACCCCUUAGAGUUGUAAGCUCUUAAAAGGGCUAGGAGUUUCUUUUUCGGGGAGCUCGGCUCUUAAGACGCGAGUCCACCGAUGCUCCCGGCCGAAUAAAAACCUCUUCCUUCUUUAA